AUGGCGUUCCAACCGGAAAGUUCAGAGAACAAUGACUCUAUAAACCCUCCUCCUACACCGCACGCGUUGGGCAUUCCUCGCCCUCCGUCGAUUGGAGGCAUCUCAUCGCGAGUGACGGACAUGGCUUCAGAAGACGGCGACCAGUCACAGUCAUAUACGGUGUCGUCGCAAGUACCGCAGUCACGGCCCUCCGUAUCCCGACGAGGCCCGCCGCCGGCGAGGAGCUCCAUUACUUCCACUAGCCAAAUCACCAACCGACCAGGAAGCUCCGGGAGCAGAUUGAGCCGAACACACAUCCCUUCGCUGGCUGCUUCGGGUUUCUUCCGACCAAUGUCAUCUCAGCGCCUACAAGCCCAUCGAGGCCGUCCAGUGACAAAGGAGACAACGGCAUCAUCCGAAGAUUGGGGGGAUCAACUCAACCACAACAGACGGAGCUUGGUCUCGAACAGUACCUUCCCCAACUCCCUUCCAGCUGUGGAUCAAGAAGUACCCCCUUCCCGAGGGACUGAGUUCACCGAUCCGAUCAUACCUGAUAGAGGUACCUCAAAUGCCAGCCCCACGGCGAAUACCACGGUGCGAAGCGAAAGCGCGAAUCUUAUACCCGACCGAAAUCGACCACCGCACCUCAAUCUUGGGGUGAAUUAUAAGACCACAACCGAGCCCGAGACCCCGCAGAGAUCACCUCUCUCUUUCCUAUCGCUGCAGAAUAGAAAUGCACCGGCUGAGAAUCGCGACAGUAGAACACAUGAACGGCUAUCAUCAGCAGAAUCAUCGCCAAGGUCCAUUGAGAAGCGGCCACCUCCGGUGAAGAAUCGCGACAAGGGCAGGAACUACGAAUACUUUGUUGGUAACACUAUCUUUUGGGGUGGAGGGAGGUUUCAAAACUCUAGGGACAAGCCAGUCAACAUCGCAACCGGAUUUCUUGUCCUGGUUCCUACCGGUUUGUUCUUUGGUUACUCUGGCCCAUGGCUAUGGCAUCACGUCUCUCCGGCUAUCCCAAUUCUAUUCGCCUACCUCUUCUACCUUUGCUUCUCCUCAUUUAUACAUGCGUCGGUAGUCGAUCCCGGUGUUAUCCCCCGUAACCUCCACCAGAUGCCUCCGCCCAAUCCGUCAGACGACCCUCUCGCCAUCGGCCCUCCAACGAAUGACUGGGUCAUGGUGAAGCUCGCAACUUCCGACGUUGCCGCUAUGGAUGUGCCUGUCAAGUACUGCAAGGCUUGCUCUAUCUGGCGUCCUCCGCGAUGCUACCACUGCCGCGUCUGCGACAACUGUAUCGAGACCCUCGACCACCAUUGUGUUUGGCUGAAUAAUUGUGUCGGCCGCCGAAAUUACCGUUACUUUUUUGCCUUUGUCAGCACGUCCACACUCCUAGCGCUCUUCUUACUCGGCGCUAGCUUGGCGCACAUUCUUGUGUACCGAUCUCAAGAAGGCAUCAACUUUGGCGACGCCAUUGACAAGUGGAGAGUGCCUUUUGCUAUGGUCAUUUACGGAGCCAUAGCAGCUCCAUACCCCGCCUCAUUGUGGGCUUACCAUCUCUUCCUCGUCGGUCGGGGCGAAACCACGCGGGAGUACCUGAACUCGCACAAGUUUGCCAAAGCCGAUCGUCAUCGCCCUUUCACACAAGGGAACGUCAUCCGGAACUGGAUUGCGGUAUUCGGCCGACCACGACCGCCAACCUACAUGCAAUUCAAGGAUUAUUAUCAGGAAGGAGACCAACGAUUAAGUACGAUGAAGCGAAAAUUUCUUCCUCGCAACGUUGAACCUCAGAACGAUAUCGAAAUGCAGCGAGUUCCUGCUCCACCGAAUCAGAGCUGA